AAAAACAACAAAACAUAUCUUGUCUUUAACUAUUAGGAAAUAUUUUAUUUCUCUACAUCGGUCUUGUUCAAUUCCGACAUGGAUGAAGACUUCUUCUUAACCGACUUCUCACUCGAAGACAUUGAUUUCGACUUUAAUAUUUACGAAGAUACUAAUGUAUCACCGGUUGAAGCGAUCAUGCAUUCACAAAGAUCUCAGUUUCCAUCAGACUUUGAUCAUGAAGUUCAUCUUAAUUACCUCAAAGAGAAGCCGAAGCCUGUGGUAAAGGAGACGAUGAAGAUCAAUAACAAGCCACGAGUGAUUUCUUUUGAUUUCUCUAGUAAAGUUUCUUCUUCUCCAGCUACGGAAAACAUCAUUAUUGAUCGAUUGGUCAGAUGUGGAACCAAAAGAAAAUUGUGUUUUCCUGCCAAAAGAUCCCCGGUUCUAGCCAAAGAACAUGUUAUAGCCGAGAGAAAGCGUCGUGAGAACCUUUCGGAAAAAUUUAUUGGCCUCUCAGCACUUUUACCUGGUCUUAAAAAGGCCGACAAGCUUACGGUUCUUGAUGAUGCGAUUUCACGUGUGAAACAACUUCAAGAACAAAUAAGAAAGCUCGAGGAAGAGAAAGAAGUAACAAGAGAAAUGGAAUCCAUGAUUCUUUUCAAGAAAUGUAAAGUGUGUUCCGACGAGAAGGCUUACCCAUCAUCUUCUUCAGUUCAUGAGCAAUUUGAUCAACCGUUGCCUGAAAUCGAGGCUAAAGUAGCCCAAAACAAAGUUUUAAUCCGCAUCCACUGCGAGAAGAGCAAAGGGUCCAUGAUAAACAUACUAAACACAAUCGAGAAUCUUCAAUUGCGCAUCGAAAAUAGUAUCGUAUUGCCAUUUGGGGACUCGACUCUUGACAUCACAGUCCUUGCACAGAUGGCGAAAGACUUUUCAGUGAGUGCACUUAAGGAUCUUGUAAGGAACCUGAGACUCGCAAUUGUCUAAGCUUUCUUUGAAGUUUUAAGAACUGUGGAGACGGAAACGAUACCAUUUCUUCGAUUUGCUGUCGUUUUCAUUAUAGGAUUUUAAAUUUUUUCACACAUGCUCUACUACCACUUGUGUUUGAUGUAUUUUGUAGCAAAGUUCUUGUCUUCAUCAGUGGUUUAGACUAAAGGGGGAUACUUUCGAUAACGACCGUUGAUCAUUAAUGUAAAUUGAUACCCCUUGUUGAUUUUUUUUUCCCAUUUGUUAAUCAAAAGAGACAGCAAAGGUGAAGCAAAAAUAUCAUGGCCAUCUAUUAAUUUAUUUGUAUUCAGUAUACGGUGAAAUGAAGUGUACAAAGCAAACACAACGUUGGUAGUUGUAAAUUUAUAAAAUUCUUUUUUUGGUCAACUCAAAGUUAUAAGCUUUUAAAAUUUAUAUCUUAAUAUACGGAAAUGAUAGUGCAUAUAAUGUGACUGCAUGGUUACAAGAUUUUGUCAGCAGCUUGUAAGUUGGCAAUUCUGUGAUUUACUGUCUUAUGCUAGACAUCUCAAGAAACAAAAGGAAGACUGUGGAAUAAGAUCUCUGGAAUGAUUAAAAAGAGGGGUUACAAUGUAUCUAGGGACCAA